ACGUUCUCGCCAAAGAUACUCGCAGCAUCACCCCAACCCGAGUCGCAGCGGUAACUUUUUUUGAGAAACACUAUCCAAAGGGCUACACUUUAAAACAGUGUUCUUUUUUUUCCACCGCGUGGCACGAGUCCGAGUUAAUUUUUCACUUUGUUUCUGGCAGUGGUGAUAAUAAUAAAGCCUUACCAACACGCACUCGAGCCCCCUCCUCCUGCGCCUUCUCCCUCUUCUCGCUCCCUCCUUCCCUCUCUCUCCUCUCUCCUCCCCUUUCGAGUUCUUUUUUGGCGUGUUGUAUCAGUCGAGGCUGAAGCCGAGGCGCGUGAGGGAAGGCGGUGGGGUAGUGUUGGCGCUACGGAGACGGAGAGGGAGAGGACUAGAUCCGUUAAACCAACUGCUACAUCCACUUAGCAUUGACUGUAUCUGCAGCACUCAGGCACGAGGAAGCAACAACCCCCCUCUCGAGAUUUAAUUUCUACAGGCAAACAAAUCUGUUAGAUGUGGACGAGGACUGUGCGGGACUUUGAUAGGGGCAUACUAACAAGCAUUUAUUCUGUUUUAACCAUGCACUGAGUAGGGGCACCGUGGACAUCGGGAAAGAUUGGCAAGGUGCUGGAGAGACAGAAGUGUCUGAAGGAGGCUAAACCAAGAAGGCAAAGGACGCAAUUUCCUUUACUUAAACCUAUCGAAAAUGGUUGCUUCAUUGGUGUGACUGUCGUGGAUGCUAUAUCGAGUUUUCUUUUAAAAACAUAAAAAAUGGACGCGAGGUAACUUGUGGGGCGAGCAACUGGGAACCCUGUGGACCGCGGAGUGAAUUAUCUGUGACUUUGGCUCAUGUUUUUGGAUAUGUAUCUGUAUUGUGUUCUCCGGAAGAGGCUACGAUGAAUCCUCCCUGCACUUGGACUUCGAGACUGGCCGUAGUCGAUUACUAGGAACUAUAUCAAUACUUCGGCAACAAGCAAAAGAGAAAGAAACUAGCGUGGUGUUGAAUUUGGAGUCCAAGUGUUUGCGAAGUCAAGGAAUUGUGCGCAAGAGAGGUGGAUGUUUAAUAUGCUAGAAUGUGUCUGCUAGUGUACAUCUUCCUUGGUGGAUUAUUGCACAGUCAAGUGGAUGGAUCACGUCUGCGCCAGGAGGACUCCCCUCCCCGGAUCGUGGAGCACCCCUCCGACCUGAUCGUGUCCAAGGGGGAGCCGGCCACCCUCAACUGCAAGGCGGAGGGGCGCCCCACCCCCACCGUGGAGUGGUACAAGGACGGCGAGCGGGUGGAGACGGACAAGGACGACUCCCGCUCCCACCGCAUGCUCCUCCCCAGCGGCUCCCUCUUCUUCCUGCGCAUCGUCCACGGGAGGCGGAGCAAGCCGGACGAGGGCAGCUACGUCUGCGUCGCCCGCAACUACCUGGGGGAGGCGGUCAGCCGGAACGCCUCGCUGGAAGUAGCAUUGCUGCGUGACGACUUCAGGCAGAACCCUACGGACGUGGUGGUGGCCGCCGGGGAGCCCGCCAUUUUGGAAUGCCAGCCCCCCCGGGGGCACCCCGAGCCCACCAUCUACUGGAAGAAGGACAAGGUCCGCAUCGACGACAAGGAGGACAGGAUCACGAUUCGCGGGGGAAAGCUGAUGAUCUCGAACACCAGGAAGAGCGAUGCGGGCAUGUACGUCUGCGUGGGCACCAACAUGGUGGGCGAGAGGGACAGCGAGACGGCACAGCUCACCGUGUUCGAGCGACCCACCUUCCUGCGCCGGCCCAUUAACCAGGUGGUCCUGGAGGAGGAGUUUGUGGAGUUCCGCUGCCAGGUGCAGGGCGACCCCCAGCCCUCGGUGCGGUGGAGGAAGGACGACGUGGACGUGCCCCGGGGAAGGUACGAGAUUAAAUACGACAAGGAGGACUACCUGCUGCGGAUCAAGAAGGCGGCGGGCGGAGACGAGGGCACCUACACCUGCGUCGCCGAGAACCGCGUGGGCAAGGUGGAGGCCUCUGCCACCCUCACCGUCCGGGGUGAGUUUGGGGCUGCGCCCCAGUUCGUCAUUCGGCCCCGGGACCAGAUUGUGGCGCAGGGGCGCACGGCAACGUUCCCCUGCGAGACCAAGGGGAACCCCCAGCCCGCCGUGUUCUGGCAGAAAGAGGGCAGCCAGAACCUGCUGUUCCCCAACCAGCCCCAGCAGCCCAACAGCCGCUUCUCGGUCUCGCCCAGCGGGGACCUGACCAUCUCCUCGGUCCAGCGCGCCGAUGCCGGGUACUACAUCUGCCAGGCCCUGACUGUGGCAGGGAGCAUCCUGGCCAAGGCGCAGCUGGAGGUCACUGACGUGCUGACGGACAGGCCGCCGCCCAUCAUUCGCCAGGGCCCGGCCAAUCAGAGCCUGGGCAUAGACGGCGUGGCCCUGCUGAAGUGCCAGGCGUCGGGGGACCCCAUCCCCACCGUCAGCUGGCUGAAGGACGGAGUCAGUCUGCUGGGGAAGGACCCCCGAAUGUCCCUGCAAGAGCUGGGGAGCCUCCAGAUCAAGAACACCAGGGUCUCUGACUCUGGGAUCUACACCUGUGUGGCGGCCAGCUCCAGCGGGGAGACCUCGUGGAGCGCCUUCCUGGAAGUUAAAGAGUCGGGCGGGGUCACGCUCGUUAAGGGCCGGGACGAGAGCGAGCUCCCCGGGCCUCCCUCCAAGCCCCAGGUCACGGACGUCACCAAGAACAGCGUCUCGCUGUCAUGGCAACCGGGGCUGGCCGGGGCGUCGGCCGUCUCCUCCUACGUCAUCGAGGCUUUCAGCCAAUCAGUGAGCAACAGCUGGCAGACGGUGGCAGACCACGUGAAGACCACGCAGUUCACCGUCAGGGGCCUGCGACCCAACACCAUCUACCUGUUCAUGGUGCGGGCCGUCAACGCCCAGGGCCUGAGUGACCCCAGCCCCAUGUCCGAGCCCGUCCGCACGCAAGAUAUCAGCCCCCCGGCACAAGGUGUGGACCACAGACACGUGCAGAAGGAGCUGGGUGAGGUCAUCGUGCGCCUGCACAACCCUGUAGUCCUCAGCCCCACCACCAUCCAGGUCACAUGGACGGUGGACCGCCAGUCGCAGUUCAUCCAGGGGUACCGGGUGCUGUGCAGGCAGACGUCCGGGCUGCCCGCCGCCGGGCCCUGGCAGAGCCAGGACGUGAAGGUGCCCUCCGAGCGCGGCAUCCUGCUGGCCGGCCUCAAGAAGGGCAUCGUCUACGAGAUCAAGGUCCGGCCCUACUUCAACGAAUUCCAGGGCAUGGACAGCGAGUCCCGGACCGCACGCACCACCGAGGAAGCUCCCAGCGCCCCUCCCCAGCAGGUCACCGUUCUGACGGUGGGGAACCAGAACAGCACCUCCAUCAGCAUCUCCUGGGACCCCCCGCCCCCGGACCACCAGAACGGGAUCAUACAGGAGUACAAGAUCUGGUGCCUGGGGAACGAGACUCGUUUCCACGUGAACAAGACGGUGGACGCGGCCGUCCGCUCGGUGGUGGUGGGGGGCCUGCAGGCGGGGGUGCUCUACCGCAUAGAGGUGGCGGCCAGCACCAGCGCCGGGGUGGGAGUCAAGAGCGAGCCCCAGCCAAUCGUCAUAGGUAAGGACUUCAAGGACGUGAUCAUGAGCGGGAACCGGAACAACAGCAUCACGGAGCAGAUCACGGACGUGGUGAAACAACCGGCCUUCAUCGCCGGCAUCGGCGGGGCCUGCUGGGUCAUCCUCAUGGGCUUCAGCAUCUGGCUGUACUGGAGGAGGAAGAAGAGGAAGGGCCUGAGCAACUACGCAGUUCAGUCCUUCACCUUCACCCCUGCAGUGACGUUCCAGCGCGUGGAUGGCGGCCUGAUGAGCAACGGAAGUCGGCCCGGCCUGCUGAACGCCAGUGACCCCGGGUACCCCUGGCUGGCCGACUCCUGGCCUGCCACCAGCCUGCCGGUCAACAGCGGCUCCGGCGGUCCCGGCGACCUGGGCAACUUCGGGCGCGGAGACGUGCUUCCCACCGGUCAGGGGGACAAGACGGGCACCAUGCUUUCAGAUGGGGCCAUCUACAGCAGCAUCGACUUCACCACCAAGGCCAGCUACAACAGCCCCAGCCUGGCCUCGCAGGCCACGCCCUACGCCACCACGCAGAUCCUGCACUCCAGCAGCAUCCACGAGCUGGCCGUGGACCUGCCCGACUCCCAGUGGAAGAGCUCCGCCCAGGCCAAGCAGGAGAUGGCCAGCCUGGGCUACUCCCUGCCCGACAAGAACUCCUGUAAUAAUACACUACUUUUCAUUCCUGACUACCGAUUGGCCGACGGAUUGUCUAAUAGAAUGCCACACAACCAAUCACAAGAUUUCAGCACCACCAGCUCUCACAACAGCUCAGAGCGGAGCGGCAGCCUAUCAGGUGGGAAGGGGGGCAAGAAGAAGAAGACAAAGGGCGGAGUCAAACCCCCAAAGACCAACGGGUCCAACUGGGCCAACGUGCCCCUGCCCCCUCCCCCCAUCCACCCCCUCCCCGGCACUGAGGUGGACCACUACCCCAACGAGCACCACGAAGGAGGAGGGUACGAGAGUGACGGCUGGGGCCCCCCGAUGCCGGUGCAGACCUACCUGCACCAGGGGCUGGAGGACGAGCUGGAGGAGGAGGAGGAGCGCGUGCCCACCCCGCCCAUAAGGGGCGUGGCCUCGUCCCCGGCCGCCGUCUCCUUCGGCCAGCAGUCCACGGCGACCCUCACGCCCUCCCCCCGCGAGGAGAUGCAGCCCAUGCUGCAGGCCCACCUGGACGAGCUCACGCGCGCCUACCAGCUGGACAUGGCCAAGCAGACCUGGCACAUGCAGGGCGGGCCCCACCCUCCCCAGGCCCCCGCCCCGCCGGUGGGGUACGUCUCCAGCACGCUGGUGUCCGACCUGGAGACAGACAUCCCGGACGAGGACGAGGAGGACGAGGAAGACGAGGAGGACGACGAAGGAUACGAGAUCGCGCGGCCCCUCCGUGGCAUGGAGCACACCCCGGGCUCCAGCAUGGACAACCUGGACAGCUCCGUCACAGGCUCAAUGGUGAAUGGCUGGGGCUCGGCCUCAGAGGACGAGCGUAACUUCUCCAGCCGCCGGUCCAGCGGCGCCAGCUCCUCCGACGGCUCCAUCUUCACCCACGUUGGCUUCGCCCAGGCGCUGGUGGCGGCCGCCGACAAGGCCGGCUACCGCUGCAAUGGCACCAGCCUGACCAAACCAGGAAAAGGCCACGCCCACCGGGCCGGCCGGCCCAGCAGCCCCUUCUCCACCGACGGGAGCACGAUGGGGACGCACAGCCUGGGACACCAGAGAGCGGCGCGCCCCGCCCGAAAACACAGGGCGGGGCGUCUGGAGCAGGGAGCCACGCCACACCGCCGGGACGCCAGCGCAGAUGACCUACCUCCGCCCCCCGACCCCCCGCCCUGCCAGGGGGGGCGCAUGCCCGGGGUGCGGGGCGUGGGGGGCCUGGGGGGCCUGGGCGGCGGCGUCCCCUGCGAGCGCAAGGCGUCCUCCCUGGAGCGGCAGCACGUGAGCGGGCUGGAGGAGAUGAGGAGCUCGCUGGAGCGCCACCGCCAGGCCCAGGAGCGGCUGGGAUCCGCGGAGCGCGGGGACGAGGGUCGGCGGGGCCACAGGACCGGCCCCGGCUCGGAGGAGGGCCUGUUGCCCUACAGCAAACCCUGCUUCCCCUCCCCCGGGGGCCACAGUUCCUCCGGCACCGCCUCCUCCAAGGGCUCCACGGGGCCCCGCAAGGGGGGCGAGGGGUCACGGGGGCCCCACCAACGGACCAUCGCAGACCACGCUGACGUGGGCUACCUGGGGACCAACGGGCAGGGGCAGUACUCCGGAGAGUUAUAGUGACCUGGUCAGGAGAUCAGAAGCAUCAUGCUCAGACUGGCCCCUCGUGCAAGCUAAUCCCUCACCCCGGUGUGGUGCCAUGAACUCUUUUCCUCGUUUGUGUUCUGUUAGAAGGAAGAAGAAGAAGAAGAAGAAGAAAAAACAAAACAAGAAGAUGACGAUAAAAGAAACGAAACUGUAAAUGUGAUGUAAAAAAAAAAACACGCAGUCACAGACACACAUCCCACAAUGUUGAUUUGACGUUUUUUUGUCCUUGCGAGAAAGUCUCUCCCACCUGCCACCUUAACUAUUUCUUGUCAGGAAACGUUAACCAAGUUAAUUACUAAACGUAAAGUAUCGAUGAGGAUGAAAGGGAAAGGAAGCUUACCCAGUUGCUGCCCGUUUGAAUGGGGGUGAAAAGGGAUUUUGUUCCUGUAAAUAAUUGGAUUUGUCGUUGCAUUGCUAUGCAAGCCUAAUCCCAUUUAUGCUUUUUCAUAUCUUGUCCUUUUCUCCUGGUCAUUUGUACUAUAUGUGAAUUGAUCGGCUGUGGUGCCAUAAAAUAAUUGUUUUAAUAUUCAGCAUUUUGUUAAUAAUUAUUAUUAUUAUUAUUAAUUGAUUAAUUAUUAUGGUUAAUUAUUGUUUUUUUGCACUGCAAUUCUUUGGUGAUAAGCACAAAUACAUAGCUCCUGCUGACAUGAAGUACCGGAAGGAUAUGUGAAAAGGAGUUUCUGUACUGUAAACUAGAAAUAAAGAAAUAUAUUCAGAUGUAUAGAGAGAUAUUAAAAGUGGAGGGGUUGCAAACAGAAUACAAGUAGAGACUGAUGCCCGGCUUCAAGUGGGCCAAAGGACGUUCAGCUAGACCUCACCUUUCUGCAGUAGACCAUGGUACGAAGGGGAGCCUUUAGUGUUUCUUUACGGCAGUAAUGGGGUUCUCUUGAAGCUAUGGCCGACUAGUGAGUCCGUUGCAGUGUGAGAUUAGGCAUAGGAUGGGGGGGGGGAGGAGAAGUGAGAUGUCUGCUGGUCCAGUGGCUGAAAGAGAGAAAGGAAGAGAGGAAAAGUGAAAGAGAGGAAUGGGGACUCGCCUCUUUCUGAACUAGUUUCUGAAGGGUGAAGGCCUGUGUGCGUCUCUGGAGGCCUCGAACCUCCACCCGACGCCGCUGUGAAAGGUUUGGCUUCCACGGCUUGCCAUUAGCACAUAUCGCGGCCAGGGGUGCAGAACGCCAAGCUCCUCGCCUUCAUCGCCCAGCCCUCAUCUUCAUCACUCAGUCAAACGCCCGUCUUUCCCAAACUGUCGUCCCUUCUCGUGAUCCGCCAUUUUGUUUAGAUUUUUUUUUUGUUUUCAUUCCACGUGGAAUUUUCGAAAAGCUUUUGGGUUUUCUUGUUUUUUGUUUUUUUUAUUUUUAUUUUUUGCUAAGAUUAUUAUGGACUGUGUAUCCUGGUUUCUAAGAAAGUGCAAAGUGACCACAGCAAUCGCUGCAGCUCAGACAGGUGCAUCUUACCCAGUAAAAGACGGGGUUGGUUUUGGCAGGUUACUGUGACUCUGUCGGUCCUGUUUGUGAUAUGAUUUGUUCUUCAGCACUUGUGUUUGCCUUUCAACACUAAGGGAGACCAACUGACAGUCUGACUAAUGCUGUUUUUUUUCACCAUUUGGCACUUAAUCGUAUGAACACUUGCAGGCCUAAAGUGACAAUAAAAUAUUUGUAAUCCAG